AUGGCGCGACCGGCCCCCCUCACGGCCGCCACCACCCCGCGCUGCCCGCUGCGCAUGCGCGGACACAGCCCCGCCCACCCCGGGUUCUGCGCGUGCGCGGUGGGGACACUGGCAUGGCCACUGGGUGCGCGUCCCCUGCACCCCACAUCCAGCCUGAGCCUGCGCCUGCGGCACUGGGGCCAGCCGGCACCCCAGGGGGACCUGGGGUCUGCUGUGGUGUCACUGGACCAGUUGGUGGCCAACCCGGAGCUGCCAUUGUCCCUAAGCCAAGUCUCACUGCUGGACCCCAAGGGACAGCCCACAGGGUGCACCAUCACCCUUCGCUGCUCCUACAACCCCCGUGGCAAGGCUGGAGAUGCCACAGUCCCCAUGCAACGAUGGGUGCCACCACCAACAGUGUCACCAGUGCCACCCAUGCACCCCAGCAAGCCCCCGGCCGGGAGUAAAGAGGAGUUCCAGGUACGGGUGAGGGUCAUCGAGGGCCACCGGCUCCAGGGCAAUAACAUCAAGCCGGUGGUGACGGUCUUCAUCGGCCAGCACCGCUUCAGGACCAGGAUCCGUGUGGGGAACAACCCCUACUACAACGAGGUGACAGUGUUUUGCCAAAGUUUCCACCAGACACUGGAGCAGCUGAUGAUGGAGCCCAUCCGCAUCCAGGUGCUGAACUCCAAAUCCAUCCGCUCCAAAGCCAUCAUCGGCGUCUUCCAGCUGGACAUCGGCACCAUCUACCACGCACCAGGACACAGCUUGAGCUGGAAGUGGCUGAGCCUACAGGAUCCCCGGCACCCCGAUGCCGGCUCCCGUGGGUACCUCCGUGUGAGCAUGGCCGUGCUCCGUGCCGGAGAGCCGGUGCCGGAGCAGGAGGAGCCGGAGGGAGACAAGGAUGUGGAGGCCAAUCUGCUGCAGCCACCGCCAUGUGCUGCCACACUGCAGCUCCGCAUCUACCGUGCCGAGGACCUGCCCCUGGCGGAGCCGGCCGUGCAGUGCCUCCCCUCGGUCAGAGGCAAGAGGAGCUUCGUGGCUGCUGCGGUGCGGGCCGGCUUUGCGGGCAGGACGCUGCCCCCUAUCUGUGAUGAGAUCCAGUUGGCCAUCCUCAGCGGGCCCCGCAGCAGCAAGGUCCUGGGCACUGCCACCCUCCACCUCUCCCACAUCUCCUCUGCUGGUGCUGAGCUUGAAGAGGGGACCCCCGGCUUUUUACCCUGCUUUGGACCCAGCUUCCUCCCCUUCUAUGGUCCCCGGGCGGAUGCUGCCAGGACAUCCAGCACUGACACCAACGUGGCUUAUCGGGGCAGGGUGUUACUGGAGCUCAGCACCCAUAUGGGGACCCCAGAUGGGCACCAGCGCGGCACCAUUAACCAGGAGGACAUCAUCCGGGUGCAGUCUCACCUACCCCGCCACCGGUUCGGGCUCUGCGGGGUCUUCUACUCGGCCACCAUGGUACCAGCGGGACCUGAGCUCCUGCGCUUCGAGCUCAGCCUGGGCAACCAUGGGGACACGGGCGAUGUCACCUGCAAGCCGGCCGCCUCCAUCACCCCGCACGGGUGUCCCGUCUUUGAUGGCAACCGCUACCAUUACCUGCCGUGGUACGGGGACAAGCCGGUGGCCGCCGUCACUUCGGCUUGGGAGGAUGCUGCGCACCGUUGGGAUGCUCUAAACCUCCUGCGUGCCAUGUGCCAGCGGCUGGAGAAGAACGUGGUGGAGCUCCGGAGAGCCCAUGGGGACACCGAGGGGGACAUCGGCAGGAGGCUGCUGCGGGAGCUGGCACAGGACUGCAGGCGGGUGCUGCUGCAGCUGGAGGCUCAGCCCACCCCAACACCCCUGGACACCCAUCUCCGUGCCGCACGGAUCCACUUGUUGCGGCGCGUGGCAGCGGCGGCAUCGAUGCCCCCGAGGGCUGGAUGGGCCACACUGCUGCCCAUGGCCGAGGCCUGGCUGCAGAGCAUGGGAGCACUGGCUGUGGAGCCACAAGCCGCUGUCCCCGAUGUGCUGCUGUGGAUGCUGCGGGGUGAGCGGCGCGUGGCCUGUGCCCGCAUCCCUGCCCCUGACAUCAUGUUCUCCCGGAGCAGCCCCAGUGCCUGCGGCAGGUCCUGCGGGAGGCUCCAGACACUGUUCCUGACGGGCUCCGGGGACAUCCAUGCCCAGCUGCGGCUGCGCCUGUGGCUGGGGCCGGUGGCUGACAGCGGAGCCCUGCCCCGGCUCAUCGAGGGCUCCCUGCGCAUCUACGCCGAGACCUAUGAGAACCAGACCAAGCUCUGGGGCAAGUGGGGGCCCCGAGGGCUCCCCGGCUCCCCGAGCUUCUCCGACGGUGCGGGCAGAGCCGUGGUCCCGAGGCACCGCAUCCGGCCCCCCAAGGGCUGGCGCUGGGAUGGAGCCUGGACCGUGGAGCCCCAGCGCCGGCUGCUGCUGGACACAGAGACCAACAUGGGUGAGGUGCUGGAGGAGGUCUAUGAGAACGAGAGCCGGCGGCCUGGGGGGGACUGGGGACCCGCUACCGUGGCCAGCACCGAUGCCAGCGGUGUGGAGGUGCCCCCCAAGGAGGAGGUGCUGUGUCCCCAAGGAUGGCACGUCACCGACGGCUGGAGAGUGGAUGUGAUGGGGGCCGUGGAUGAGGCUGGUUGGGAGUAUGGGGCGAGCGUGGUCCCCGACAGCCCCCCGGCAGCAUGGCACCCCACAGAGAAGACCUACCACACACACCGGCGCCGGCGCUGGCUGCGCACCCGCCGCAGGGACCCCGGCGCGCAGGGACCGGAGCAGGAUGUGGCCACCUUCCUGCAGCUGCACAGAACCGAGUCUGCUGCCGGCUCCGAGGCCUGGGAAUACGGAUCCUUAUGGAGCAGCCGCUUCCACCUGAAGCCGCGGGCAGGGGACGUUUGCCGGCGGCGCUGCUGGCACCGGCACAUGGUGCCCGAGCAGACCCCGUCCGUGGCGCCCCUCUUCCUCCUCGAGGGGUCCCCGGGCACGGAGGAGCCGGCCGGGGAGGAGGAGCCGCCUGCAGCGCAGCGGAGGACACGGCGCUUGUGCCAGCCCGGCCCGAAGCAGCCGCUGCCCCUCAUCCUCUGCACCUUCCAGCAACCCAACGUCUUCCAGCUCCGCUGUUACAUCUUCCAGGCGCUGGAGCUGUCGCCCAGAGGCACAAAGUCCACUGCAGACCCCGUCGCACACGUCUCCUUCGUGUACAUCAGCCAGAGCACACGGGUGCUGCCCCGCACCCUGGACCCGCUUUGGGACCAGACGCUGCUUUUCCAUCGGGUGCUGCUCUAUGGGGACCCCCGGGGGGUCCAGGAUGAGCCCCCCGCUGUGGUGGUGGAGGUGUUCGACCAGGAUGGAGGGGAUGGGGCCCUGGAGCAGGUCAGCUCCCCCCCUUGGAGGCAGGGGGUCUUCAGUGUCCCUAUGGAUGUGCGGCCCCUGCUGAGGCCGGUGGCGCUGGAGGUGCUGGCGUGGGGGCUGCGGGGGCUGCGCAGCAGCGUGCGCGCCCCCAGCCUGGAGGUGCAUUGCGGGGGCCGUGUCCUGCGGACCCCCCCCAUUCCCGACCCCGCUUCCAACCCCAACUUCCCCAUCAACGCCUUCCUGCUGGUCCUGAGCCUACCCCUGGACGAGGAGCUGAUGCCGCCCGUGCGGCUGCGGGUGUUGGACGUGCGGGACUUCGGGUACCGGCCCGAGGUGGGGCAGACCCGUCUACUGCCCGAGAUCAUCAGCAAGAUGAAGGCUGAGGACGAGGCACAGGAGGGUGAAGGGGAGGAGGAGGAUGACUGGUGGAGCAAGUUCUAUGCAGCCCUGGGGGACACGGCAAAGAGCCGGCGGGGGACAAGCAGGGACAGACUGAAGAUCUACAGCUGUGAGCUGGAGGCGGUGCCGGAGUUCGAGGGCCUGCAGGAUUUCUGCCGCUCCUUCCCGUUGUUCCCCCCGGGAUCCACCACCGGGGGGCCGGGGGAGGACCCGCAGCCGGUGGCCGAGCUCAAGGGGCUCUUCCUCCUGUACCCCCUGCCCGAGGACCCGUCGGAGCCGCCGCCGCCGCGCCGCUUCCAGCCGCUGCCCCCCAGCCAGCCCCAGCGCUGCCUCGUUAGGGUCUAUGUGGUGCGAGCCUUCGAGCUCCCCCCCCGCGACAGGAACGGGCUGUGUGAUCCCUAUGUCCGUGUGUCACUGGGGGCACAGACGCUGGGGCAGCGGGACCAGUACGUGCCCAACACCCUGGAGCCCGUGUUUGGGAGGCUGUUCGAGCUGACGGGCACCAUCCCACUGGAAAAGGACCUGCGGGUGUCCCUGCUGGACUAUGACCUGGUGCCACCCGACCAGGAGAUUGGCACCACCACCAUCGACCUGGAGAACCGGCUCCUCUCCCGCUUCCGUGCCCACUGCGGGCUGCCCGCGCUGUACUGCACCGCCGGCCCCGGGUGCUGGAGGGAUCAGCUCUCCCCCAGCCAGACACUGGAGCACUUUGCCCGCACCCAGGGGCUGCCAGCACCCGAGUUCAACACCGAGGGCACCGCAGUCACCUUUGGGGACCACAGCUUCCUCCUCAGCCACUUCGAGAGCGGCCCCCCCCAGCACCAGCACCAUGGGGUGCCCCGUGAGCGCCUGGCCCUGCAUGUGCUCCGUGCCUGUCACCUCGUCCCCGAGCACCUGGAGACACGCACCCUGUACUGCAGCACCCAGCCCGGGCUGGAGCAGGGCAAGGUGCAGAUGUGGGUCGAUGUGUUCCCCAUGAACCUCGGCCCCCCAGGCCCCCCGGUGGACAUCACCCCCCGCAAGCCACAGAAGUACGAGCUGCGCUGUGUGGUGUGGAACGCUCGGGACGUGGUUCCGGGGGACACGAACCUCCUGGGGCAGCAGAUGAGCGAUAUCUACAUCGUGGGGUGGCUGGACGGGCUGGAGGACCAGCGGCAGCGCACGGAUGUGCAUUACCGCUCGUUGGACGGGUCGGGCUCCUUCAACUGGCGCUUCGUGUUCCCCUUCGAGUACCUGGCGGCCGAGCAGCGCUGCGUGCUGCCUGCCAAGAAGCAUUUCUGGAGCCUGGAUCAGACGGUGCUGAAGGUGCCCCCGAAGCUCAUCCUGCAGGUGUGGGACAACGACAAGUUCUCGGCUGAUGAUUUCCUAGGAACGCUGGAGCUGGACCUGAGGCGGAUGCCCCGUCCGGCUCCGCACGCCCGCUCCUGCGCCCUGCGGGGGGGCGGCCGGAGGCGCUGGGGGCGGCCGCGGAGCCCACCCCCCGUGUCCCUGUUCCGGCAGCGCCAGGCCCGGGGCUGGUGGCCCUGCGAGGCCAACAGCGGCGGAGAGCGGCGGCUCACGGGGAAGCUGGAGCUGAGCCUGGAGCUGCUGACGGCGAAGGAGGCAGCGGAGCGGCCGGCGGGGAGAGCCCGAGAGGAGCCCAACGCGUACCCGACGCUGCCGCCGCCGGUGCGGCCGGAUUGGUCCUUCCUGUGGGUGCAGGCACCGCUGCGCACCCUGCGCCAUGGGCUGUGGCGGCAGCACCGCGGCUGCAUCAGCCUGAGCCUGGCACUGCUGCUGCUCUUUGCACUGCUCCUCACCUUCGUCUAUGCGGCCCCGGGUUAUUUGGCUAUGAAGCUGAUAAACCCCUUCCAGGGCUUGCACAUCAGUGGUGAUGGUGGCAGCAAGCAUCCUGCAGCCGGUGCUGAGCAGCACAAGGGUGCUCACAAACCCUGA